GCUGUUUUCAAUAUAUGGAAGAAGGUGGAUAUAUAAGGAGGUGAAGUUGUGGAAUAAUGAGCUCAUCUGAGACUUCAAGGUUGAUAUCAAAUGAUGAGCAGCCCUCAAAGGCGUCCAAACAAUCACAGAAUGUCAUCAAACCGAGGAUUCCAGAGAAGAAGCUUGGUCCUCAUAGAACUUCAAGGACUUCGCAGAAGUUGAAGAUCUUACCGGAGGAGCCAUUGCCGGAUGAUCCUUCUUCCAACGAUAGAGACGUCUAUUCACAAGUGAGUAGAAUCACAGAUACAUCUGCGAGAAGAGAUGCAGAGAGGCUAGGUAAGAACCAAAGGUCGCUGUUACCUAGAGUCACUGCAUACUGCAGUGCUGGUAGCUACAAGAUGAAGGAGCUGGUAAGGUGGUUGAAAGAUGGGAAACGAACACAUGGUACUCAUCCUAAACUGUUCGAUGAGUGCCUCUACUCUCCCUUUGUGUAUAAGGAUUGGAGAGGUGAUAAGAGAAUGGAUAAAGAUCUCAUCAGGCUAGACGAUGAAGGUGGUGAAAUCACCAUAGACGACACACACACUGACGUUUUCAUAUUUGAAUACGGAGUUGUCGUUCUAUGGGGGUUCACACUGAGAGAAGAACAGGCGUUCCUAUCAGACUUGGCCAAAUUUGAGAAUGAGAAACUGGCACUGGAAGACGUUCAGGUUGAAGAGUUCAACUACUACAUUACCAAAUCCUACCAGCCUAGAAUCUACAACGAUUUCAUAACGCUAAGGGAUGGCUCAAAUUAUAUGAUUAAACUCUCAAUAUCGCAUGCUAUUUCACAAUCUGUCAAGAUCUCGCUAUUCGAAGAACUUGUGGAUAACACCAUCGAGGAUACUCAGAAUAUCCCGCAGCAGAUUGCGUCUGCUGGUAAAGUUGGUAUGACAAAGGAUGAAAUCAUGAAGAGUAUUGGUGAGCUGUUUAUUCUUAGAAUCAACAUCAACUUACAUGGCUCAGUUUUGGAUUCUCCAGAGAUUAUGUGGGCUGAACCUCAACUGGAACCGAUUUAUCAAGCGACAAGGGGGUACUUGGAGAUUAACCAAAGAGUUGCGCUGCUUAACCAGAGAUUAGAGGUUAUCUCAGAUUUGUUACAAAUGUUGAAAGAACAACUGGGACACUCCAAUGAAGAGUAUCUGGAAUUCAUCGUAAUUAUCCUCGUUGGUGUCGAAGUCCUCGUAUCUGUUAUCAACAUCAUCGUUGAUAUCAUUGCGGAUCUAAAGUGAACUACAGGAAAUUCGAAAAUCAUAAAAAACUUUAGUUAUCCACCUAAAACCCCAAUUAUUAAUGUACAAAAUAACAGAAUAAAACCCUUUGUAAUAGAAAUGUCAAACACCCACUGUUUACAACUCUUGGGAAGCCUUAGCCUUAGAGGACUUCUUUGGCAACAAGUUUUGGUGAAUGUUUGGC